CUGAUCUUCAGUUGUAAUCGGUCAAACACAAGUGCAACACAUAUCUUCACCUGUAGAGAUUUGUUUGUUUGCUUGUAGCAAAUUCGUUCGCUGUUAUUAUUGCCUCGUUUUGUGGUGUGUCUUCAUCAGUUUUUCGUUCGUCGAAUUACUGUCAACUCAAUAAUAAAGGAAUAUACUCUGUGUGGAUUUUGUGGUGAUAAAUUUCGGAUUACGUCCUCAAACCCUGAAAGCAACGGAACAACAACAACAACAACAAAAAUAAUAACAAAAUGUUGAAAAUGUUGAGUCGAGUGUCGGUGGAAUUAGUUGUUUUUGUGGCCAUUAUCACAUCUAUAGUGUCAGCUGCUUCGGCAACAGAAGAUAGCUGGCUGGGUCCAGAAUUCAGUGUUUUACAAAAAGUGUACGAUGAUUGUUUGAACAGAGAUGAUUUCACUGGAUGUUUAAAGGGUCGUGCUCUAGUCGCUUUGGACAAAGCUAUUAACCAGGAUUCAAUUUCGGUUGUUGAUGGCAUUUUUAUGGAAAAACAAAAUGAGACAGACGUUGAGAAGACACCCGAAUUUGCUGAUGCCCGUGUUCUAAAUGACCUAACUGGCAUCGAUCGUCAGCUCAUGGAGAAAAUCAGCACAUUCUUGCGUACACACGUAUUGAAAGUUGAUUUGAGCGAAGAGCGUGGUGGCGGUGGUUUUGGUGGCAGCAAAGGUGGACUCGGUGGCGGUGGCAUCGGAAACAAAAACAAACUUAAACCGAAAAAAGCAAGCCGUUACAUUAUUGCUGCCCUAUUAGCCGCAAUUGGUAUUGCCGGUCCAUUAGGUCUAAAAGCAAUCGCUGUCAUUGCUGCCAAAGCACUUCUAAUCAGCAAAAUUGCACUCACAAUUGCUAGUAUAAUCGCAUUGAAAAAGAUUUAUUCAAGCGACGCUCCUCGCGAAACACAAGUUCAAGUGUUUGCCAACGAUCAUCGGCGAAUCGGUCGUCCAGCUCGUUAUCGAUCACCUAUAACCAAAUCCACGGAACCAUACCGACACUAUUCUGACUAUUCUUCACGACGCCACUAAAAAAAAAACACCAAAAACCACAAUCAUAAUCCAAAAAUCGAUCCAAAUCACGCACAGCACACGCUUGAAUCAUAUUCCAUCCACCAAAAAUUAAACAAAAAAAUAACAAUACAUACAACAUCACUAACGAUUAUACAUCAACAAUUAAUACACAAAUCCUCGAUUAAUCCAACCCACCCACAUCUAUACCGAACAAAAUGAAAACAGUUGAGUAAUACGAUUGAAAUGACAUUUUUUCUUCAAUUUUUGAUGAAUGACACGAAUUUUGUGCUAGAUUUAGGAGAAACACUUAUUUUUUACACUUAAAAACCUGUUUGGCAAGCCUUUGGAUUUAAAGUUGUUGUUUUUUCUGUAGUGAGAGAAAGAUAGAGAGAGAGCGAGAAAUGAAGAAAGAAAGUUAAAUAACUAGUGACAUUCAUUUAACAUAAUUUAUUUAUUUAUUUUUUAUUUUGUAAAUUGUUAAUUAACCAAGUACCAAGAAAUAAUACUAUACUCCAUACCUCUGAAAUGCGACGGAUCAAGGGAGAAAAGGGCUUCAUUUUUGAAAGUGUGACGCUCCGAAUAGCGACUCGUUCACACUUUCAAUCGGUAGUUUUGUACAGAUAGAGAAAGUGAGAAAGAGUAGUGUCGUAGGAAAUAUCAAAUCGAAGUAGUUAGAAUUUACCAUUUAAUUGUACUUAUUGAACUAAUUCGACUAAUCAAAAUAGCAAAAUGUGAGAGAGCUUGGCAAAUCUGAAAACGAAACAUUUUCGAUUACCACAAAAAUCCCUUUUUUUCUGAAAUAAAGACUUUUUUUUGUUUUAUGACUGGAAACAAAUUGAUUUGGCAUUUUUUUCUCAUUUGGAUCAUCCAAAAGCAAAAAAACGAGUU